CCCGACAACACCCCACACCAAUUGCCGCCUCCCCGCCUGCACCCGCCUCCAUCUGCGCCCUCGAACUGCUGGGCGGUGCUUGCACGCGAAUACGAGACGCCCGUCGCAAAAGGCCACGUUAAAGGGCGGAGCAAGAGAGAGGGACGGGGCUGCACCCACCCACCAUGGACAAGAAGCACGAGGAUGCGGGCGGCGUGGCGCAGAUCGACAAGACAUCGGUCUUCCAAGAAGCACGAGUAUUCAACCAGAGCCCCAUCUCGCCCAGGAAAUGUAGAGUGAUCCUGACCAAGCUGGCCCUCCUGCUCUUCACCGGCGAGAGCUGGGGCCGGCAAGAAGCCACGACCCUCUUCUUCGGCAUCUCCAAGCUGUUCCAGAACAAAGAUGCCUCGCUCCGCCAGAUGGUCUACCUGGUCAUCAAGGAGCUGGCCAGCUCCGCCGACGAUGUCAUCAUGGUCACGUCGUCGAUUAUGAAGGACACAUCGGUCGGCAGCGACGUCGUAUACCGCCCUAAUGCCAUCCGUGCCCUCUGCCGAGUCAUCGACGCCUCGACUGUCCAGGCCAUUGAGCGUCUGGUCAAGACGUGCAUUGUCGACAAGAACCCCUCGGUGGCCUCAGCCGCCCUCGUCUCUUCGUACCACCUGCUCCCCGUUGCCAAGGACGUGGUGCGAAGAUGGCAGUCCGAGGCCGCCGAGGCUGCCUCUGGAAGCAAGUCGGGUGGUGGAUUCUUGGGUGGAUUUGGCGGAGGCUCGCACACGGCGCUCCAGGCCAGCACAAACUACAUGACACAGUACCACGCCAUUGGCCUGCUGUACCAAAUGCGCUCUGGCGACAGGAUGAGCCUGGUCAAGAUGGUGCAGCAGUACUCUGCUGCAGGCGUGGUCAAGAGCCCUGCUGCUACCGUCUUGCUCGUCAGGCUGGCAGCCAAGUUGGCCGAAGAGGACCCCAACCUCCGAAAGCCCAUGAUGCAGCUCCUCGACGGCUGGCUGCGACACAAGUCGGAAAUGGUCAACUUCGAAGCGGCAAAGGCCAUUUGCGACAUGCGCGAUGUCACCGACGCCGAGCUUGUGCAGGCUGUCCACGUUCUCCAGCUCUUCCUCACGUCCCCUCGUGCCGUCACAAAGUUCGCUGCUCUCCGCAUCCUCUCGCAAAUGGCUUCCUUCAAGCCCGACGCCGUACGAUCGUGCAACCAGGACAUUGAGUCGCUCAUCACCAACUCGAACCGCAGCAUUGCUACUUUCGCCAUUACAACACUCCUCAAGACGGGCAACGAGUCGUCGGUAGACAGGCUGAUGAAGCAAAUUACUGGCUUCAUGGCUGAGAUCACCGAUGAGUUCAAGGUGACCAUUGUCGAGGCUGUCCGAACUUUGGCCCUCAAGUUCAAAUCCAAGCAGUCUGGAUUCCUCGCUUUCCUCAGCGGCAUUCUGCGUGAUGAGGGUGGCUACGACUUCAAGAGAGCUGUGGUCGAGGCAAUCAUGGACCUGAUUCGAUUUGUCCCCGAGGCCAAGGAGGAUGCGCUUGCAACGCUUUGCGAGUUCAUCGAAGACUGCGAGUUCACCAAGCUCGCCGUUAGGAUUCUGUUUGUUCUCGGACGCGAGGGUCCCUCAACACCUCACCCCACCAAGUACAUCCGCUACAUCUAUAACCGCGUCGUUUUGGAGAAUGCCAUUGUUCGAGCCGCAGCAACCUCUGCUCUCGCCAAGUUCGGCGUUGGCCAAAAGGACCCUGAGAUCAAGAAGUCAGUCCACGUCCUCCUUACCCGCUGUCUCGACGAUGUCGACGACGAGGUCCGGGAUCGCGCCGCACUGAACCUCCGAUUGAUGGAUCAGGAGGAUGAUGACAUGGCCAUCAGCUUCAUCCGUAACGACUCUAUGUUCUCACUGCCGGUUCUCGAGCACCAGUUGGCAAUGUACGUUAGCUCAGAUUCUCGCGACACCUUCGAAACUGCCUUCGACAUCACCAAAAUCCCUACCGUAUCGCGCGAGCAAGCAGACGCUGCCGAUCUUUCCAAGAAGACCGAAGGUGCCACUCCAACGCUCAAGGCGCCCAGCGCUGCCAAGCAGCCCUCAAAAGUGGGAGCCGACGCCGCCGCGAAUGCAGCCUCGAAUGCGCAAAAGUACGCCGUGGAGUUGCAAAAGAUUCCCGAAUUGGCCGCCCACGGAGGAGUGCUCAAGUCAAGCGAUGUCGUCGAGCUUACCGAAUCGGAGACCGAAUACGUCGUCACAGCUAUCAAGCACAUCUUCAAGGACCACGUUGUUCUCCAGUACGAUAUCAAGAACACACUCGAAGACACAGUCCUAUUGGACGUCGAGAUGGUUGUCACUCCGGAAGACGAUGGCGAUGUUCAAUUAGAAGAGGAAUUCGUCAUUCCAGCACCAAAGCUCACCACCAACGAGCCAGGCACGGUCUACGUCUCUUUCAAGCGUCUCGAGACCGAGUCGCAAUUCAUUGCCGCCAGCUUCACCAACGUUCUCAAGUUCACAAGCAAGGAGAUUGACCCAAGCACAAACGAGCCGGAGGAGGGCGACGGCUACCCAGACGAAUAUCAGGUGGAGGACCUCUAUCUCACAGGUGCCGACUAUGUCGUGCCAGCGUAUGCUGGCAGCUUCGACAAUGUCUGGGAGCAGUCGAACACCGAUUCGGCGACCGAGACUCUGCAACUGGCUAACAUGAAGAGCAUAGCGGAUGCGACCGAACAACUCACCAAGACCCUUUCCCUUCAGCCAUUGGAAGGCACUGAUGUCGCUCUCUCGACAUCAACACAUACGCUCAAGCUGUACGGCAAGACUAUCACAGGUGGCAAGGUGGCUGCUAUGGUACGGAUGGCGUUCAGUGCAAAGACUGGUGUGACGAUGAAGAUUGAUGUAAGAAGUGAAGAGGAGGGUGUUGCAGCGCUAGUCGUGGGUAGUGUAUCGUGAGGUAGUAUUGGAGGAAGGUUAGUGUCGAGUAUUCACAGCGUAAAAAGGUCAAUCGGGGCUAUUUAGUAGACUUUUUUGGUUUGCAUAGCAGAUGAUGAUGAAACAGAUGAUUCUUUCAAAAC